AUGGUAACGCUGUUAACUAUGUUUGAGGUGGUUAAAGGUCAAGGUGUGGUGACCUUGACUCCCGAAGGUCAGGUGGUCAGUCAGGGUUCUGUGGUGGUAGCUUCUGUUGGUGGUGGGGACGUUAAAAGUAAACCCGCCAUGGUUUCCAACUCGACUCAGACUGAUGAUGGUUUACAAGAAGAGGAGAAGCCGUUCAUACUGUCUGGAAUGUUUCUUGCAGUUGCAGCUGCCUGCGUGUCUAUACUAACGAUCAUCAUCUUCGCCAUUAUCAUCAUCUGCGUUAUCAGAUGUUACUGGGAUAGGCCAAGGAAUGAUCCUGGCAUCUUUCCAGUGAAUGGUCCGUACGGAUCAGUGGGAGGAAAGGAUGGUUCCACAACCUACGUCCCGGUCCUCAUGGACAGAAAGAUGGCUCAGAGUGCUCAGAUGUUCUUCUAUCAGUUUCAGAAACAACAAAUUCUGGCCAAGGAUAAGGAGAACACAACACGACGCAGUGUGGAUUCCGACUCAUGCUCAGAAACCGAUAUCAAGGAUGGUCACGUGAACAUCGUUUCUUGCCCCGGUUUGGCUCUUGAUAGCGGUGAAGACAUAGAAGUGAGGAAUCCACUCUUUGCAGACAUUCCCGACGUGCCAACAACUCCCACGUGGAAUGAAUCAAGUCACAACGACAGCCACAACGACAGCAACAACGGGUCACAACCGGAAACUCUUCCCAACACGGAUGAAGAAAACAGCCACGAUGUCGAUGAUGCUACACACAUGACGUCAUCCGCUCCUGUUAUUUCUCCACCUCCUCCAUCCAUCUCUUCUUUGUCUGACUACAACACUUCACUUCCCAGUCCGUCGAUCUCACCGCUGCCAGCUCUGAGAGAUGAUGAUAACGAUGAGGGUCGUGGGGAUUCCGUGAAUACAAGUAAAAACAGCGAAGAUGCUGAUGAUGGUGAGAGGAAAGAUGGAAAUGAUGGAAGAGCAGUGAGCGGAGACGGAAAUGCUGGAUUUUCUAAAAAUUCCGAAAAGAGCAGCCAGAUGAAGUCGAUAAUUGCCGAGGAAAAGGAAAGUGAAUUUAAACCUCCCAACGGAAGUUCCCUGCGCUGA